CUCUGAAGUUGGUGGAACGAUAUGGAACUUGAGCCACAUCUUACGCAGCUCUUCAUAAACAAUCAAUAUGUCAAUUCCCGUAGUAAAAAAACCCUUUCGAUAUAUAACCCCGCAACUGGUGAUCUUUUAAGCGAUCAGAUACCGAUAUCUGGAGAAGAUGAUGUUGACGAAGCUGUCAGAGCAGCGAAUGAAGCCUUUGCGCACGAUGCGCCUUGGCGGACAAUGACGAAUGCCCAACGUCAACAGAUUCUGUUCAAAUUCGCUGACUUACUUGAGGCAAACCAAAAGCGCCUUGCAUAUUUGACCCGGCUGACCCUAGGGGCUCCAUACAAUCCAUUUGGAAAGGCAGAGAUAGCUACGGCAAUCGGUUGCUUUAGAUAUUACGCUGGCUGGGUAGACAAGUAUGCAGGUCAGACCUUUCCAGCUGACGACGGCAUCUAUAAGAUUGUCCGCAACGAGCCACUCGGUGUGGUCGCUGGUAUCAUUCCUUGGAAUGGCCCGCUUGCUUCCGUUGGAUUAAAAGCUGCACCUGCAUUGGCGACAGGAAAUGUAUUUAUCUUGAAGCCGAGCGAAAAGACGCCACUGAUGGCCGCAGAGCUUGGGAAGUUGGUCUUGGAUGCAGGAUUUCCGCCUGGUGUCUUUCAGAUUCUUCCCGGAGAUGGAAGCACUGGUGCUCUGCUUGCUGCCCACAUGAAAGUAGCAAAGGUCAGCUUUACAGGAAGCAUUCAGACGGGCAAAAAUGUUCAGGUAUUAGCGGCGAAAAGCAAUCUCAAGAGGGUUACUUUGGAACUUGGAGGAAAGAGUCCCGCAAUAGUGUUCAACGACGCAAAUUUGGACAAUGCGAUUAAGUGGACUGUCAAUGCUCUCACCACUAACAGCGGACAGAUCUGCUUCGCGGCGACAAAGCUGUUCGUGCAGGACGGAAUCUAUGAGAAAUUCCUUGCAGGAUACAUGAAAAGCCUUAUGGAGAAGAAAGACCUGAUUGGAGAUCCGGAGAAAGAAGGAACCGAGAUAGGUCCUGUCGUAGAUAAAGCACAAUACGACCGAAUCAUGGGCAUCAUUUCCACCGCUACCGAGCAGAAAGAGGGAUCCUUGUUGCAAGGCGGCAAGGCGAUUGGCACAAAGGGCUACUACAUUGAACCGACGGUUUUUGCCGACACAAAAGAAGGUUCAACAAUCUACAGCGAGGAGAUCUUUGGACCGGUGGUUGUUGUGAACAAAUUCUCCGACGAAGAUGAGAUUAUCAGCUGCGCGAAUAAUAGCAGAUACGGGUUGAUGGCCGGUGUCUUCACACAGGACAUUCAGCGAGCGCUGAGGAUCAGCUCAGCUGUUGAUUCUGGGGUGGUCGGCGUCAAUUGUAUUAGCACGAUCAGCCAGUCAUGUCCAUUUGGCGGAACGAAGGAGAGCGGUCUCGGGCGUGAAAUGGGAGAGCAUGCUCUGCGAGCCUACACUGAGCCUAAGACAGUCUUGGUGAAUUUGAACUACUAGCAUUUAGUCCAUGGUGGUUGGGGGUCAGUAUCAUUAAAUUGCCU